AACUCCCCCGUUUAGAGGAGCUCUAUAUCGCAGGUGCUGCUGCGAGUCGCGCGUUCCUACUAUCAAGCUCAAAAUCACCAGUAGCUCGGAUAUUCAGUUCCGUUGCAAACCAUCGCACGAGACGAGCUGCGAGAGCUGCUGCUGCUGCUGUUUCUAUUUUUCUCUCUCUCUAACACAUACACCUAUUCCUAUAUAUUCUCCCCCCUUGUCUAUCGGUGCGCGGUGUGGUGUCCCUCUUACUCUCUCUCAUUCUAUAUAUAUAUAUAUAUAUAUAUAUAUAUAUAGCCGGGACGCCCGGAAAUGUUGUUUGUCUCCGUAACCGGAAAAAGUUUUGCAAUUAACAUCCUUAGAGAUGACACAUAUAUGGUUUAAAGGAUAAUAAUUCCAAGUGAUUUAAGUUUCCAAAGAGAUCUCUGAUCUUAACAGAUCGAGAUCUUUGUGCUAUGUUUAAGAAAUUGGCAGCGAGCCAUAACGUAAAAGGACGUUUUAUGUGAGUUGGAUCUCUGUUCUUUAGAAGAAGAAGAAGAAGAGAGAGAAUGUACAAGUUUUGGAGAUUCUCGGACCCUAGUGUCCCUCGAGUUGAUAGGAUCUAUCGAUCCAUGUUCGUUGGAUUUGGUGAAGAAUCGUCGAGAUCCUCUGUACUACUUCUACUACCCCAUUGACCUAUUGUUGUUGUUGUUGUACAACACGAAAACGACUUUGGCUAGUGCAAAUCGGCCAAACCAUCCGGAACCUCAAGCAAAGAGAGAAUUCCGAAAACGAAUACUUAAAGUGAGCAAAAUUGGAUUCCGCUUGCCAAGCGCAAGGUUCAACAAGUUUUAGAAAGUGCGGUUCACCCUUCCUCUAUUGAUGCUGUUUCAUUCGAGGAAAAUUCGUGGAGAAAUAUAGUCAAGUCAGGAAUUAAAAAUGUGGCUGAAGUGUGGACAGUGUCAAGGUCACAGUAGAUAAUCAAGAGCCGCAGAUCUGGAUUCGUUUGUCUUGUUGGUAUAUCGCGAGGAUAAAACACGUGGAGAAAAGAACACUUGGUUAUGACGGCCAAAUCGGGAGGCUCGAUAGCGUCCACGGCUCAAAGUGAGUAGCCGCAGACUCGGAAAGAAAAAAAAAAAAAAUUAUUAUUUUUUUUUUUUUAUGCUUAUUAUUAUUGUGUGACGAGAAUCAUAUCAUCGAAAAGGCCAGAAAUACUCUCUCUCUCUCUUCAAAAAUGAUCAUUGCUGUUCAAUAAGGAUUUUUCAUCGGCGUGUGAACUCGACAAAAUCGAGUUACGUGCCGUUAAAAAAAAAAAACGUAAAGAGGAGAAAAUGACGGUACCAGAUCACAAAAUGUCGACGACGAUCCUCUUACCUCUUCACAAUACACCCAAUGUUAGGAUUACACCACUGCCACGAAUAAGGCCUUGGAUCGUGGUCACUUGUUUUCAAAUUUUGCUGUUCACCGUCCUACCUCAAGAAAGUCUUGGCGGAAAAUACGAGAGAACUUUGCUGAAUCAUCUUCUGGCGAAUUAUAACACCCUAGAGAGACCGGUUGCUAACGAAAGUGAACCUCUUGAAGUAAAAUUUGGCAUCACCUUGCAGCAAAUCAUCGAUGUGGAUGAAAAAAAUCAAAUUUUAACGACAAAUGCGUGGCUAAAAUUGGAAUGGACAGAUUACAAUCUGCAAUGGAACGAGUCAGAAUAUGGUGGAGUUAAGGGUCUUCGUAUCACGCCCAACAAGUUGUGGAAACCUGACGUCCUCAUGUACAACAGUGCGGAUGAGGGUUUCGACGGGACGUUCCAAACAAACGUGGUGGUCACGCAUAACGGCAGUUGCCUGUACGUCCCUCCGGGCAUCUUCAAGAGCACAUGCAAGAUAGACAUCACUUGGUUCCCCUUUGACGACCAACACUGUGACAUGAAGUUCGGAUCCUGGACCUACGACGGCAACCAGCUCGAUCUGGUUCUCAACUCGGAGGAAGGAGGUGACUUGUCCGAUUUCAUCACGAACGGGGAAUGGUAUCUCAUCGGAAUGCCAGGAAAAAAGAACACCAUCACCUAUCAAUGUUGUCCAGAACCCUAUGUUGACAUUACAUUCACCAUUAAAAUUCGAAGACGUACCCUCUACUAUUUCUUUAAUCUCAUCGUGCCCUGCGUUCUUAUUUCGAGUAUGGCGCUGCUUGGUUUCACUCUGCCACCUGAUUCAGGAGAAAAGCUCACGUUAGGGGUGACCAUCCUGCUGUCGCUCACAGUGUUCCUGAACCUCGUUGCAGAAAGUAUGCCGACAACUUCGGACGCUGUUCCCUUAAUAGGAGUGACCAUCUUACUAUCACUGACGGUGUUCCUGAAUCUCGUCGCCGAGACCCUGCCCCAAGUUUCAGACGCUAUACCCCUGUUAGGGACAUAUUUCAAUUGCAUCAUGUUCAUGGUGGCUAGCAGCGUUGUACUCACCGUUGUGGUGCUCAAUUAUCAUCAUCGAACUGCCGAUAUUCACGAGAUGCCAAAUUGGAUAAAGAGGGUAUUUCUACAAUGGUUGCCGUGGAUUCUAAGAAUGUCUCGACCGGGUAAACCCAUUACGAGGAAGACCAUUCUAAUGAGCAAUCGGAUGAAGGAACUCGAACUUCAAGAAAGGAGUAGUAAAAGCCUAUUGGCGAAUGUCUUAGAUAUCGAUGAUGACUUUCGUCACGGCGGUGUCAACAGUGCAAAUCAAACUACCGGUUACAUACGGUCGGUGUAUGGAACACCGUUGACUGGUCGACCUGCCACCGUUGAGGAGACUUCAGCUUCGCUUCCCCUCAGCGGUACACAGAGGGAAUUACAAACGAUUCUCAAAGAACUUCAAUUCAUAACGGGACGAAUGAAGAAAGCUGAUGGAGAAGCCGAAGUCAUUAGCGAUUGGAAAUUUGCGGCUAUGGUCGUUGAUAGGACUUGCUUGAUCAUCUUUACGUUGUUCACACUGAUAGCGACGGUAGCCGUAUUGCUUUCCGCGCCUCAUAUAAUCGUCCAGUAAUAGACUAGCGAUAAGCCGUCGUGAUCAAAUUCGAAGAAUAAUCCUGCAGCUACGAUUCCCUGGCAUGAGGUUUCGCAGAAUGAAUUCCUGAUGUGUAUGGAGCGUUGACGCCCCCUAUGUAUAUGUAUACAUAACAGAGGGACUCAGAUGCGAAUGAGAUUGACCUGGUGUCACAUGCCAAGUGAAGUAGCGCGAAAGAGAGAGAGAGUGAGAGAGAGAAAGAGAGAGAGAGAGAGUGCUACAAGUAGUGACAACCCUUGUGGAUCGAUCGGCUGAUCGGCAGGCCGAUGGAGCCGCAACACUUCGCUUCUCCACCAUCCUCGUGUUCGACCGACUUCAACCAUUCGAAUAUAGUCAAAGAUGUCCUCCGCCACGACUGCGCGCGAAACGACAACCGCCUCCGCUUAUAAUCCCACAGAAGUCGAAAGCAAAACGCCAGAUUCUUCGAUUCCGGUGCGUAUAUAUAUAUGUAUUUAGUAUAUAUAUAUCAACAGCGCGCAAUAAAUAUAUAACGAAUAUGUUCAAACAGGUAGUAGGUCUUCUCCUCUAUUUAUGAUAAGACAGAAAAAGACCAAUUCUCUAAAUUUUAAUAAAUUAAAAUUCACCUAAAAUAAAUUUCCUUUUUUUUUUAUUUCAUUUUUUUUUUCAUAUUAAAAAUUUUUUUUUUUCACUUAUUGAAAAAAGUGAAAGACUUUAUUCUAUAUCAAUUUUCACUUAUUCGGAUUUAGAGAUAUUUCCCCCUUUCUGCAGAUGGUAUUAAUAAUAUAAUAUAAUAUAUAUAUAUAUACGUUGAAACAAAUUUAAAUGUCAGUGUUCCUUAUAUAAUCGAUUUUCUCUUCUCGAAGAAACAAACUCAAUUAAGAUUACA